AUGGCAGCUCCCUGUAAGUACCAUUUGUUCAUAUCUUUCAGCGGUGAGGAUACUCGCAAGAACGUUACGGCCCACCUCUUGGCCGCUUUGGAGAGGCAUAACUUUUCCGUAUUCAGAGAUGACACUAAGCUCGAAACAGGAAUAGAAAUUGGUACCGGAUUGUUCAACGCAAUCGAGCAAUCAAAGCUUUACAUAAUUGUAUUCUCGAAAAGCUACACGUCCUCACGUUGGUGCCUUGACGAGCUCGUGAAGAUCAUGAAUUGCAAGGACACACUCAAUCGGAGUCUUAUUCCCAUCUUUUAUGACGGUGACCCCUCCGACGUUCGGAAACAAAAGAAUUUCUAUGCAUUUAAUGAAGAAAAACUCGGUGCCAGAAUGCGCGACAAGGAAUUGGUGGAGAAUUGGACGUCGGCUCUGACUAGGGCUGGAAAUUUGCCCGGUCACGUCCGAAAAAAUGUGAACAACGGGUGUGAGGCGACAUUAAUUGAGCGUGUUGUUAGACAAGUUAUAGCUCAAUUAAAUCCUACGUGUUUAUUUGUUGCGAGCUACCCAGUUGGAAUUGAAUAUCGUGUUCAACGACUCAGUAAGUUUCUACAGCUGGGGUUGGAAAACGAAGAUGUUAGGAUUGUUGCCAUAUGGGGUUUUAGUGGAACAGGUAAGACUACAAUUGCUAAAGCGAUGUAUAAUCGCAUACAUAGUGAAUUUGAAAGCAGUAGCUUUCUUUCUGAAGUUGGAAAAUUCAAGAGCCUUGUUAAGUUACAAAAAGAGCUUCUUCGUGAUCUCCUAAAGGAUAGUGAACUGAAAGUAAAAGACGAGGAUAAUGGAAUUCAGUUGAUAAAAGAGUUAGCAUGGGAUCAAAGGCGUCGAAAGGUUCUUCUUGUUCUUGAUGAUGUGGACGACAAGUGCCAAUUGGAGGCAUUAGCCAUAGAUCGUGAUUUGUUAGGUCCUGGAAGUAGAGUCAUAAUAACAACUAGAGAUUUGGCUUCAGUAAAAUCGCUGGGACUUGGAGGGGAUGAGAUGUAUAUGCCUGAAGAGUUGAGUGAUGAGGAUUCUCUUCGACUCUUCAAUUGGCAUGCCUUUAAUGGAGACCCACCUGUACAAGACUAUAAGAUCCUCUCUGAGGAAGUAGUGAAUUAUUCUAAGGGGGUUCCUUUAGUUCUUGAAGUUUUAGGUUCCUCUUUGUUGGGCGAAACCGUUCCUGUGUGGAGAAGUCUAUUGAAGAAGUUGAAAGACAUUCCUCAUAAUGAUGUUCAAGAAAAACUUAUGCUGAGCCUCCAUAACCUUGAUGGUAAACAGCUGGGUUUAUUUCUAGAUAUUGCAUGUUUUUUUGUAGGAAUGGACCAAGAUUUGUCAUUCAAAAUAUUAGAAGGUUGCGGUUUCUAUCCAGAUCAUGAUAUUGGGGUUCUAUUUCGUCGUUUUCUUGUAAGCAUUGAUGGACAUGAACGGUUUAUGAUGCAUGAUCUAAUUCAAAAAAUGGCUAGAGAGAUCGUCCGCCGACAAUCCACUGAACAUCCAGGCAGACGUAGUAGAUUAUGGGAUUAUGAAGAAGUUCUCAAAGUACUGAAAAAUGAAACAGGGACAGAAGAAGUUUUAGGCUUAGUCCUGAACUCGCCAAAAUCAGAGAAGCUAGAUGCGAAGGCAUUUGCAAAGAUGAAGAAUCUGAGGUUGCUUAAUCUCAAUUAUGCCCAACUAGGUGGAAGCUGCGAACAUCUUUCUAAAGAACUUGUAUGGUUAUCUUGGAAAGCAUUUUCUUUAGAAUGUAUACCAUCAUCCUUCUUUAUGAAGAAUCUGGUUGCCCUUGACUUGAGCUAUAGCAAACUCAAACAGGUUUGGGAAGAAACAAAGUUUUUGUGCAAAUUGAAAUACCUCAAUCUCAGUCAUUCCUAUCUCUUGAUUAAAACUCCGGACUUCACGGGACUCACCAGUCUUGAGAAAUUAUUGCUCAAUGAUUGUAAAAAGCUGGUAGAGGUUCACCGCACUAUUGGACGUCUCAAAAAUCUUAUUGUCUUGGAUAUUAAGAAUUGCAAGAAUCUUAAGAAGAUUCCCUUGAGCAUUUUCAUGUUGAAGUCUCUCGCUGAUUUCAAUAUGUCCGGCUGCUCCAAAUUAGAGUGGCCAGCAUUUUUUCGAAGAUCGCCACCCGAAUCAAGCUUUUCGUCGUUACAAUUGUCAAGUAGCAUCAGAUCAUUAUAUAUGGAAAACUGCAAUAUAACAAAUGUGCCCAGUGAAAUUGGUAGAUUGGUGUCCUUGGAAUAUUUGAAUCUUAGCAGAAACAAAUUUUCUAACCUACCAGCUACCAUCACUAGCCUUCCACGACUGGGGAAUCUCAACAUACACACAUGUAGUCAGCUUGAAUCACUUCCAGCGCUUCCAGUAAGUUUAAAGGAAUUGUGGGCAGACGACUGCACAUCAUUGCAGAGCAUGUCAAUUGAAUCAAAAGCAGCAGGAGUACAAUUCAUGAGUUUUAAAGGUUGUCCCAAAUUAGUCAACGACAAUGCUGCAUAUAAUUUUAGAAGAAAUCUCCUCAGAUAUCAGGGACUUCGAGAAGUGUUGCGUAUUUGUUUUCCCGGGGGUGAGGUUCCGAGGUGGUGCUACUACCAGAGUGAGGGAUACUUUAUACGUUUUCGAAUGCCUCAGCUGGGUCUGAUAAUACAAGGGAUUAUUGUCUGCUUUGUUUUUUCUCACCGCGUCUCAGGAGAUGUUACAUUCCCAUACAUCACUACAUGUUGCGUUUCUAAUAAAACCAAGUGGUCUCAGGGACCACAUUGUGAAAUACAAAUAAAUUUGCAUGCAGAUAGAUUUGAACAAAUGUUCCUCUCCUACAUACCAAUCCGGCACCUUAAACUUUGUUGGUUGGAAGAUGGAGAUGAAGUGGAAAUGACAAUUAGACAAGUGCUAGGAAGACGUUUAGGUUUAUGGGUGAAGAGGUUAGGGGUUAGUCUGAUUUACGAGGGCGAUGAGAAUAAUCCGGACUCAUGA